GGCAUCUUGAGAGCCUGGAAACGUGAACAGGCUUAAAGUAUGGCAUGUUGCAAAGAUGGUUUCUGCCAAGAAGGUACCCGCGAUCGCCACGUCCUCCCGGGUCAGUUUCGCCCUCCUGCACUUCCUUUGCCUGGCGGCUUGUUUAAACGAAUCCCCAGGACAAAACCAAAAGGAGGAGAAAUUAUGCCCGGAAAAUUUUACCCGCAUCCUGGACAGCUUACUCGAUGGUUAUGACAACAGGCUGCGUCCUGGAUUUGGGGGUCCUGUUACAGAAGUAAAAACUGACAUAUAUGUCACCAGCUUUGGACCUGUUUCUGAUGUGGAAAUGGAAUACACAAUGGAUGUGUUCUUCAGACAGACGUGGAUUGACAAAAGACUAAAAUAUGAUGGCCCCAUUGAAAUUUUGAGAUUGAACAAUAUGAUGGUAACAAAAGUGUGGACACCUGAUACUUUCUUCAGGAAUGGAAAGAAAUCUGUUUCACAUAAUAUGACAGCUCCAAACAAGCUUUUUAGAAUUAUGAGAAAUGGCACUAUUUUAUACACAAUGAGACUCACCAUAAGUGCGGAGUGUCCCAUGAGAUUGGUGGAUUUCCCCAUGGAUGGUCAUGCAUGCCCUUUGAAAUUUGGAAGUUAUGCAUAUCCGAAGAGUGAGAUGAUUUAUACAUGGACAAAAGGUCCUGAGAAAUCAGUGGAAGUUCCAAAGGAGUCUUCCAGCUUAGUCCAGUAUGACUUGAUUGGGCAAACUGUGUCAAGUGAAACUAUCAAGUCCAUUACGGGUGAAUAUAUUGUUAUGACAGUUUACUUCCACCUGAGACGGAAGAUGGGUUACUUUAUGAUUCAGACAUAUAUUCCGUGUAUUAUGACAGUGAUUCUUUCUCAAGUUUCAUUCUGGAUAAACAAGGAAUCAGUUCCAGCUAGGACUGUGUUUGGGAUAACCACAGUCCUCACCAUGACCACACUGAGCAUCAGUGCCCGGCAUUCUUUGCCCAAAGUGUCCUAUGCUACUGCCAUGGAUUGGUUUAUAGCUGUCUGCUUUGCUUUCGUAUUUUCCGCACUUAUUGAGUUUGCUGCUGUCAAUUAUUUUACCAAUAUUCAAAUGGAAAAAGCCAAAAGGAAGUCAUCAAAAGCCCCCCAGGAGAUCCCGGCUGCUCCAGUGCCGAGAGAAAAGCAUCCUGAAACACCUCUACAGAACACAAAUGCCAAUCUGAAUAUGAGAAAAAGAACAAAUGCCUUGGUUCACUCUGAAUCUGAUGCUGGCAACAGAACUGAGGUGGGAAACCAUUCGAGCAAAUCCUCCACAGUUAUUCCAGGAUCUUCUGAAGGCACAUCGCAGUCUUACUUAGCUUCCAGUCCAAACCCAUUCAGCCAUGCGAAUGCAGCCGAAACAAUAUCUGCUGCAAGAGCACCUCUCUCUGCUCCUCCCUCUACUCCUGGGAGAACUGGGGACGUGCCCCAACAGGCUUCUGCUGGACCUGCUUCUACCCAGCGUGUGUUUGGAUCAAGACUGGAGCGAAUUAAGACCACUGUUAAUACCACAGGGGCUUCUGGGAAGUUGUCAGCAACUACUCCUCCUUCUGCCCCACCGCCGUCUGGGUCUGGCACAAGCAAAAUAGACAAAUAUGCCCGUAUUCUCUUUCCAGUAACAUUCGGGGCAUUUAACAUGGUCUAUUGGGUUGUUUAUUUAUCUAAGGACACUAUGGAGAAAUCAGAAAGUCUAAUGUAAUUUUGUUGCUAGAAUAGUUUCCUAAAAGAUGAUGACCUUAAUACAGAAUGCCUUUUUACAUGUUUUUAAAGAUAAACCAUUAUUCUUUAUUAAAAUAAAAAGCCUAUGUAAUUUUUACAUUCAAAAACAAUCCAAGCCAGUUAUUGGGAGAGUUAAUCCAUCCCUCAGUGAAGAGAGAGUGAGCCAUCUUUCAUUUCAGAAAAAUGAUUUGAAUAGAAUCAAUUCAGCAUUCAAAUUAGAUGAAAUACAGACCAUCCUGGAAAGUUGGGACAAGAGAAAUAGGGCUAUUAGAGAUACAUGGUUCAUAUUUAUGCAUUGGAAUUUGAAAAUAGACUAUGACAUUUUUAAAUAUACACUAUGAAUAUCAACCAACAACCCUAAAUUUCCCAGUGGCGCUGCCCUUAAUCAGAAUUGUUUGUUGGAUAUCCUAUGCGGUGACCUUUGGAGAUUCUUCUAGUAUCAGCAAGAAAAGGACUUUCUCUGUUACAUGAAACAUUUUUUAAAAGGAAAAUGGAACAAAACAAAUACUGACUAAUAGAGUGAAACCUCUGCUGCGUCAAAAAACAAAAACAAAGGCCAGCGAAGACAUGUUCCCUGUCUUAUGUUGGUCAAACAGGACUUAAAACACUUGACUUGAAAAAUCUGUGCUUUGAGCCAAAGUUUAACUCCUUGUAUGAAUUCUUUUUGACAGUAGUUCAUUCAGUUAUGUAUUAUUUCAACAUAUAGUUAUUCAGAGCCUACUGUGUUCCAUGCACUAUGCUAGACACUGUCUCUCUAGGAAAGCUCUUUCACCUUAACCUAUGAUAUUACUUGAAUUGUAGAACAGUCAAUGCAUGCUAACGAACCAUAAACUAGCAGAGAACAUUGCAUUCUUUAAUGGAAGAAAUUUAUUUAGAGUCUGACAACAUAUUGAAAACAUCUGUUUCUCCUAUACCGAUAGAGGGUAACAUGUUAGCACAACCUUAGCAAUUGACUUCAAAAUAUAGGAAAAUGUGUACAGAUGGUUCUCUAAGUAAGAAGCACUGCCUACCAGAGAAUAAAACUCUGGGCACUGUAAGAUCCUAUAAAUUAUCUGUCUCAAAUUUGAUCAGAAUAGUAGGAUAGAAUUUGAUCAGAAUCAUCACAAUUAGGAACUCAAUACAAGGCCUUUUAGAUGCUUUUCCAAACAUAGAUCUAUUUUGGCUGGUGAAAUGCUAAUCUUCUGGGAAGUUUUUGUGUCUGUAGUUUUGUAUUUUUGGGAAGUUUAGGGUUUUGGGGGGGCAGGUUUUGUACAGUAUCACAACUAGGGUGAGUAUUUUAAAAUUAAAAGAGUAGACGAGGAAUGGAGUAAAGAAGAAAACUCAUAGCCAAGGGGUAGGAUUCUGCUGACUCUGUUAAUGCAAUUUAUCAGGAUUUUCAUGCACUGACUUUUCUUUUUCAUUAGGUAGGCUUAACAACUUAAUUAAAUUUCUUGCAGCUGUCUUAUGACACUAAAUCUAGGUCUAGUUUUUUGUUUUGUUGCUUCCAGAUUUUUCUUCUAUUCUUCUUUUUUUCCUGAUCUAGGUUGUGUGAAUGAAUGUAUUCUGGAUGUUUGGGGGAACAUUUUGAUAAAAAUGGCCACUUUCCAAGCAAAAAUCUCUUAUUUUUAGAAAAGAAAUAUUAAUUAAUUGACAUUAGUCUUUCAGUUAUUACAUUGCCUUGGAAUGAUUGUAUAUGAGAACUGUAAAAUGUGCAAAUGCCAAAUAUUGUGAGUCAUAUCUGAGGAUACCUUUUUUUGCUAUCACUCUAGGUAUAUCCUAGAAUCACUAACAAUUUUAAGGCUGAAAGAUGCUUUAGAAUUCAUCCAAUCCAAGCCCUCAUUUAUAAAUUGAUACCAGUAAUAUGAGGCCAAAUAAAAUUUGUACAUAUGUAAAUAUUUAAUGAAGAGUAGUACUUGUAUAAAAAAGCUUAUCACAAAUUAUUUUAUGAAUGUAAGUAGAUUUCUAGCCUUGAGGACAAUUCUUGAAAUUGUGGUUGGAAGCUAUGAUUGUUUAUUAUUCCAAUGAAAAGACCUUAUUUCUUUAGUGAAGAAUAUACUCCUUACUUAUUCAUUGGCCUAUUCUUAAGAAAUAUCUUAUUGGCUUCCUUUUUAAAAAAGAAAUUCUUCUAUAAAUUUUACAGAUUUUAAAGGGAUAAAAAUCAAUGAUAUUAGAUUUGUAGACAAGGGAUCCAGGUGAGCCUAUGGUUUUUUGUCUUUGUUUGUGAAGAAGAUUUUAGGACAAGUCAGGUGGCCCAACAAAGAGAAAGGGCAAAAUUAACCAAGGAUUACUUUUUUUUUUUAAUUUUUUAAUGUUUACUUAUUUUUGAGAGACAGAGCAGGAGCAGGGGAGGGGCAGAGAAAGAAGAAGACACAGAAUCCAAAGCAGGGUCCAGGUUCCAAGCUGUCAGCACAGAGCCCCACCAGGGGCUUGACCCCACAAGCUGUGAGAUCAUGACCCCAGCUGAAGUUGGACGCUUCACCGACUGAGCCACCCAGGAACCCCUAACCAAGGAUUCUUAAUUGUUAAUUUGAAGAAUAAAUUGAUCAGAAAGGAAGUCUAAUGAUUAGUACAAAAAGGGAUUAUUUCAUUUGUACACAAUGUUCAUAACAAUAACAAUAAUAAUAAUGCAUAUUUUAUUUUCCCUAACUGCAUUUCAUCACAUUAAGUCAUAGUUAAAUAUUUUAUUUUGGUCAUCAUUCCUAUCUCUCUAAUAACUCAUAGCUACAUUAAACAAAACACUUUUAUGAAGGACCAGUCACUUUUCACCACGAGCAAAUCUUGCAAGAGUCAUUAGGAGCGCUCAGAGUCUUGGUAAUUUGUGAAGAAUUCUGGCUCAGAAUGGUGACUUUGUAUGGCUCUGUCUUUUAAAGAUGAAAUUCAGAAUUUUCUUAUUCAGAACCAAUAUCUAUUUUCUAGCUUUCAACUCCAAGUUGGUUACUAACUCCUACAUAAUUACUUCCAAUUUACUCCAGGCAUGACUAGGUAUAAUAAUAUAUUUAUAUGAUUAAUCUGCAGCUAAAAAUGACUUGCCCUUGUUAAUAUACAGAGUAUUUGAACAGUGUAUAUUUUAAAUCGGACCCCACAAACCUUGAAUUAGAGUAGGCAGAAAGUAGAGUCACUCUCUUACCGAUGGAAAUGAAUCAUAGAGAAGCCAGUGACAAAGACUACAGCAAGGGGCUGGAAUUAACUUUGAAAGGUCAUUUUUCAACCACAUCACCUUAGCAGUGACCAUGGUUCAAGCACUAAGUAUGAUAUUGCUUGUGACUUAUUUUACCCAUGAACUGGUCAAUUCUGCCUGACCUAGAAAAAAAUCCCCACUCCCCACUCUCCCAUUUUCCAAUGGUCCCCUCUUCUAGAUUUGUGAAAAAAACCUCCAGUGACAAAAACACCGGGUGGAGAAAUGGAUGACCUAAUUUCAAGUUCUGACUCUAUUGUGGUUUUAAACGAGUCACUUAACCUUGCUAGGCUUGAUUCCUUAUGUAUAAGAGAAUGGGAGGAUUAAAUAAUAUCUAAGCUUUCUUUUAAUUUUAAUAUUUUCUGCUUCUCAUAGUACACUAAAUACAGGCAUAUUCUUAGAAUGGAUUACACUCAAUAUAUUAGAAUAGGUACACUCAAUACUUUGUGCCACAAAUAGAUGUUUAUGGGGGAAAAGAAACUGAUUUGGUUUCACUGCUUAAUUACUCCAAGUUCGUGACUUGAAUUAAACGACAGUUCCCUGACCUUAAAAAAAGAACAAAAACAAAACAAACAAACAAACCAAC